GAACCCGGUUGCCAAGCAACGAUCGUGUUGCAAAAUAAACAAUCAGAAUCGGGCUCGGCCGUGAGCAAAUUUGCUUUCUUAUUUUAUUACUUGUGUCAACAUUUUAGAUCGAUAUUAUCGGAUUAUUUACUCCCCUACGUUGUAUCAUGAUAUUUUGAUUCUUAUAUUGCAAACAUGGUGUUGUUACCGCCUUGCGUUCCGGAUACGUGCGGGAAGGAUUUCCGUAACUCGUUGCAUAAGCCGAGCCCGAACUAUCCUUAUGGGAGGACGAAGAGGAAACCUCGGAUCGUGCCUGCGUUCACGAUACAAGCAAUGCAGAAGAACACGAAAGUCAAGCCACCUCCUAAAUGCGGCGUGUACACCCCCUUGCCCGUCAGACCAACUAUGUUUAGAGCCUGUUAUGAUAGAGGCGAAUUUCCUCUUUCCAUUGAAUUCAUCGCUAACGGGAAAAAGCUUUCUUGGAAGGUUCCUGUAGAAAAAUUGGAUUUUCAUCAUUACCUACCGAUAUUCUUUGACGGUCUCGCUGAAUCUGAUUACCCGUUCACAUUCAUAGUGGAGCAAGGAAUCCACGACCUGAUUACAAGAGGGGCGCACAAAGUCUUGCCUGUGGUACCCCAAAUUAUAAUACCAAUUAAAAAUGCGAUGGCGACGAAGCGACCCACCGUGAUAUGCCAUGCGCUACGCUGUUUGCAAAUGCUGGCUACAUACUGCGACCACGUAGGGGAAGCGCUCGUCCCCUACUACCGACAAAUAUUACCUAUGCUUAAUUUAUUUAAAGACAAAAACAAUAACAUGGGCGCGGGUAUCGACUGUACUACAUCGCGCGGAGAGAAUGUUGGGGACUUGAUAGAAGAAACUCUUCAAUGCUUAGAACGCUACGGUGGUCCGGACGCAUUUAUAAAUAUAAAAUACAUGAUACCCACCUAUGAGUCUUGUAUGCAAAAUUAAUAUAAUUUAGACUUGUUAUCACUUUUUUCGGGAAUUAAUUGCUUUUAUUGCGAUAUCUAAAUUUUAGCUUGCGUAGCUUUAAUGUAAUUCACAAAUAUGCUAAUUUUUAUAGUAUGCGAGUUAUGUAAAAAGUUUUUAGCUAAAUUAAAGACAGAUGUUGCACGGUAUUUAUUUAAUAACUAGGAGUUAUGUAAAGAUUGGAUAUUUUACGAACAUUUUUUCUUGGACUUAAUUGCUCUACAUAGGGCAUUAAUAUUGGGUUACGUAAAAUACACAUUUAUUUAAGAAAUCUUAGCAAAUUUAUUUGACGAAUAUAGUUGUAAUGAUAU